AUAAAUAAUAAGAGACCAAAAAUCACAUCUCCUGAAAUAUCUCUCCAAAUUCCACCAAUAAAUCAGAUGGCGUAGACCUUGCAGCUUGUAUGGUGGUUUGUAAGAAUUGGAGAUGCAUAGCUAAAGAUGAUUACUUUUGGAAAUGUGUAUGUGCAAAGAGAUGGCCUUUGAUUUGCAAACGGCCCAUCCUCCCACCGUAACCUACUAUAAACUGUAUCAAUCGUUCUAUAAACGGCAGCAUCAGCAAACACUUCUCCCUCCAAGACUUUCCUUCGAUGACUUGGAAUUCUACAUUGACAUUUGGAGUGAAGAUAAAUUGAUUUUCUCUGGUGUUGUCCCUGGUCCUGUCCUCCAGGGAGGAAUCAAGAUCCUACCUGCUGGAAUUUGCGACAUGCUCAAGUUUCAUCUCGAGAGUCCCGAGUACAAGAUGAGCUUAACUGUUGACCCAAGUUUCACUGUUCCUUGGAGCCAGACUGUUAGUGUUUCAGUGCUCGUGGGGCGGAAGGACUCGAAUAAAGUUGCUUGUAUAAUUAAUAAACCACUGUUUGAUUACAUAGAUCGUACAGCUUCCAGGGCUCUAGCUUUCGACUACCUUGUCUUCUCUCCCUAUUAUCCCUUUAUUUCGGGAAUCCGGGCAUGGAUCUCCUUGCUCUUCACAGAAGAUGGAAACAACGGUGUCAUGAAUGUUUUUGGCAUUGAGCUGGACUUUUGUGAUGCUGCCAAUUCUAGAGAAGAGAUAUUGUAGCUAUUAGACAUGCUUGAUUGGAAAUGAAUGAUGGAAAGCUUGCGUCCGGGACCAGGCACAGGGAAGAAAAUGAAGUAGAGAUGUGAUAAUAAUAUGUUCAGCCUUCACUGUGCUUUUCAUGGUGGAUUCUUUCAACAUAUGUUAUUCGGAUUUGGAAGAUCAUCGGAGAUUCUAUAUCCUUGUGUUAGAAGUGAAUAUGGAACACGAAUGCUUCAAGAGAAAUGAGGAGUUCGAGCAACAUGACUUUCAACUGGAAAUAAUUCAAAUCCCCUUGCACUCCUGGCUCAAGUAGCAUCAUUUUCUUGCAUGUUCAUAAGUCUGUACAUUAGCACU